ACAACUUUUAAAAAUAUGGUUGUACCGAUAGAGCGCGUGCGACUCUCCAAGCCCAAACAAUACGUCGGUAACAAUUUAACAUUAAACAUAAAUGAAAACGAAAGUACUAUAAUGCUUACCGGAAACAACUGCAAAGUUACUUUAGGAGAAAAUCAUGGGGACGUUCUAAUAGUGGGAAAUAAUUGUGAACUGAUAGUUUUAAAAGGCAGUGGAAAUAUCAAAUACGUUGGAAAUUGUGGAAAAAUCGUACUUGGUUCAGGUGUUUCUUCUAAAAAUGUAGACUAUAUAGGAAACGAAGGAAACGUGACUUCUGUAAGUGAUUUUACAGAAAAUACCAGUGCUAAAGUUAAUAAAAAAACUAAUAAAUUUAUAAACAUUGGCAACGUUAAAACAGUUCGUAUAAAUAGUGAAACUCGAGGUAAAAGUACUUUUAAACCCUUGAAUAUAAAAAACGUUAAUAUGGUUAGCGUGACGUCAGCAUUGCAUGUUCCUGAAAAUUUUGAAAUACCUCUACCUAUGGUACGAGGACGAACCAAAAAGUGACUACUUCACCACUGCAUCAGUGUAUCGUUAUAUAUCAUCAGUAUUAACUUGUCUUUAUUCGAAAGACGUACUCUCUUGCCGAUAAGUUUCCUAAAUAAGCCAAAGUAGUAUUUUAAUUCUGUAUAAGUUUAUUUAUUUUCUAUAUUAAAAUAUCAUAUUAUUGUUUUAUUUUUGACGUUUUACGUUCCGUUUAAAUAGAACAAUAUUUAAAUAAAUUAUUAAAAUGUA